AUGCUGCUCUUCUUUGUACCACAGUUAUGUGUGAACUUGGUUAGGGACAUCCGCAGGAUCACUUACUUGUCAGCCUGUGGCAACGUUAUCAUAUUUCUGGCGAUUGCUUUGGUCAUCAAGGAACUCAUAUUCCAUGAGAAGUAUGCUCAUUCCACUUUGCCUGCUGUGACGAACUUCAGUGGAGUUACGAUAGCUGCCGGUGGUCUGAUGUACGCGUUUGAAGGACAAGCUAUGGUGCUUGCGCUGGAGAAUCGACUUCGAAUGCCAGUGGACAUGAUCGGAUUUACGGGUGUACUUAGCACAUCCAUGAACUUUGUGAUGUUAAUUUACGCUUUUCUUGGUUUUUUCGGUUAUCUCUCGUUCGGACCUUCGGUUGCUGGCAGUCUUACGCUUAAUCUACCAAAUUCAAGAUAUCCUGAAAUCCCGUGA